AUCUAACGACUGGCAUUCCUGCUUCGCUCCCGCUGGUAAAACCAGGACCAUCGUCGGAAGAAGCGCGGAAACUCUCCUCGGUCGUUCGCGGCGUUUCGUCAGUUUUGUUGUUCGGUGCAAGUGCGUGCGCGUUCGCGUAUCCCCGUGUGUUCCCCGGUUGUGCGGACGUAAGUGUUCUUGCAGAUUUUUGGCACGGCGAUGGCUCGUGCGCGCCGUGUGAAAUGAUAGCCGCGGAACGACGGAUUUCACUGCGCGCCGGCCAAGCGUCUGGGCGAGCGAGCUAACCGUGUGCGUUGGCACGCAAAGCGAGGGACGGCGCGGAUCAACCUCCCGCGAGAGCCACGGGGGACUUUUUAGCGCAUCAUUGGCGGACGUUACAUUGCCCCGGCUGCCCGCCGCGGAUCGCAGGUUUUUUUCAACUUCUAUUAGUUACUCCAUGCUUCCUAUGAAUGCCAUGGCACAGAAAGUGGUACCGGGAACAGAAUCUGGAUCAAUGAAGCCUCUGACGGGAACUGGAUUGAGUUAUGUCACGCUGCAACCACCCAGUCAGCCGCUCAGUCUGGUGCAGGAUCACAGACCGUCGGUGUACCAGACUCCUCCUUACAUAGAGAGUAACAUGGAAAAGGAAUCGGAAUCCAAUAAGUUAAUCCCAAAUGGUGUGGAAAUCACCAAAACGGAUACCGAGCAGGACAUACCUGUUGUAAAGCAAAACGAAUCUAACAGAAACAACAACCUGAGUCCAGAGAAUUCUGUUCAAGAGCAACCGUGCGAGAUGCAAUCGGAACAGGUGCUAACAUCUCUAAUGGAGUUCCCAAUAAACACUCCUCUAUGUACUCCACCGCAAAAUAAAGUUGAAGAGAAAAAGACAACUCCUCCUGUAAAUAAUGGAUCGAAAGAAUCAGACAGCAAGGCCGUUACUACUCCUGUAUAUACCAAACAAUCUCCACACAAGCCGGAAGAGUCACCGGUGAAAAACGAGGUUCCGAAAGCAAAACCCGCAAAUCAGAAUACGAAAGCGUCAAGCGACAAUACUGCAGCGACAUUAACUAGUACAUACAAACCCGAUGCAAAGGUCACUACCUCUCCGAAAAUAAUUAAAAGGAAACCUAGAGAAUUGAAGGAUUUGAAAGCGUCGGCCGUAGUUGCUGACGGCGCAAGCAAACCCAAGAGAAAUCGGAUUCAGACACAACCGUAUCAAAGUCCGUUGCCGGAAAAGGAUCUCGCUUUCCUGGUAAAAAGUCUCAACAAAUCUCCCGGAACGAAAGCGGCCGAUGAUAAACUCAUUGUGUUUUACAAAAACGAAUUUUUGGCUGUGAGAAACGCAGAAGGAAGCUUUUAUGUCUGUCAAGCGAUGCAAAACAUCUACAAAUCGAGCAGACGUAUCCGCAUACGUUGGCUGUCUCAGGAUAAGACCAACGGCGAAUUUUACUCUCCAGAUUUCUACGAUACCAUAGAUUUUGAUUGUAUAUUAACAAAUUUAAAUCUGAACAAAGUCGACAAGCAUAAGUUCUGGUUAACCAGAAUAGAACUGCUUCGCACGGAGAACAUCUUGAAACGGGCUAUUGAUGUUGAAGCUGGCGUGUCCGAGAAACCUCGAGUCACAGAAGAACAUCCCGAUGGACUUGACUUGUCGCUGUACAAAGACGAGUCUCAGUUGAAGAGACGAAAAGCUUUGCAAAACGAGAAGCCGAGUCAGCGUAAGAAGACCAAGCGGAUCGCGAGUUCCACCGACGAUGACGCGGACGAAGAAGAAUCGGAUCGGACUCGGAAGACGUCCAAGACCAGCCGAGCGAAGAAACGUUCGAUCAACAAGGCGCUAGCGAUCGCCAAGUCCGUCGCGAAAGGCAGCAGCAGGGCAGAGAGAGCUCUUAACAGAAGCACGAAGUCCGGCAAUAGUUUGACAGGCAACGUCGCUACAACCGUCGCUGCUGCGACCACAACUACCGUCACUACUGCUGUUACUACUACUGCUGCAGCGGCCGUCACUACUGCUGCUACUACAGCUACUACAACUGCUACUACCACUAACACCGCUACCAGUCCCGCUGCCGCGGCGGAUACUAAAAAUAAUACAGAAACAAAGAAAACGGACGUGAAGAAGAGCGGAAAGCAACAGAGUAACAACAACACCAGAGGAGUCGCAAGAACAAAAGUUGGAGGUUCUACCCAAACCACACAGCAAGCCAGUAAAACGGCGGGACGUCCGAAACGCGUGGCCGCUACCACCGGUGUCGUUUCGACCGAAGAGACAGCCUCUCCGAGAAAGAAACCGCGCGGUCGGGCAUAAAACUCACUUUAACGUUGCUUUUUAUUUUUUUUUAUUUUUUUUUUUAAAUGCUAUAACAAAUUACAGCCGAGUCUGUAUCGUAGGCAAUAUGUACGUGUGGUACACCUCUUUGAAAAUUGUGUAAUCAAUUUGUUAUGUAAUAUAUGCAUAUAUGCGCGCGUGAAUUUCAAGAUUCUUAAAAAGAAAAAAAAAUAUAUCAUGUCCUGCGAUAAUAUUAUAUUAGUCCAGUGAUACGGGAUCAACGGCUCGCGAUCAACUUCGUCGGGUCGUAAUAUUUGACAAAAGAGGAGAAGUUGAAAAAAAAAGAGAUAAAGAUUUAAAAAUAAAAAAUAAAAAAAAAAAAGAAGAGAGAUUUAUGCGAGAGAGCGAUAUUGUGAUAUCAUACAAAAUUUGUACAUAUCGUCUACGGCUCAGACUCUUUCACAGAGGAAGAAAGUCACGGGAUGUGUGGGGGAGGGGGGGGGAAAACGGUACCUUGAGUUGAGUAAUAACUAAUCUAUACAGGGUGUCACAUACUAAUGCACUCUUGCAAUAGUCUAUUUUUGAUGUUGUGAGUGAACCGUACGUGAUUCAGUUGAUUUUAAUGUACACUUUCCAUUGGAUAUGAUAUAUACUAUGUACAAAUAUACGUGUCUCUGGGAUGUGGGGGAGUUAUAUGUAUUGUGUAAAACAAAGAGAGAGUGAGAGAGAGAAAGAGAGAGUAAGAUACAGAGAAUGAAAACAAACCAAAAUAGUAUCAGUGAGAGAUGAAGAGAUAAAAGAACAAUCCCGAAUAUUGCCGAUCCCCUGAGUUAACUUUCUUAUGCGAAUCGGCGAUGGAUUUUUCGAAGUACAAUGCAUUACAUGUACAUUAUGCUGAAUCCUUGCUGUUACACAAAUAGCACGUAAAAAAAAAAAAACAAAAAAAAGAAACAAAAAAAAAGUAUGGUCCAGCGCCUAUUGUUAAAGACAGGCAAGAACAAAGAAGUGCCCUGAACUGUCUCCUUGCCGAAUCAAGGAAAUCGCGAGGAAAGAGUCGCGAGCGGAAAGUAGCGUGUUGCUUAUUUGUUUUUCUGAAUUUCACACUUUGCGACGGCCCGUCAUUGUAAAAUCGCAGGGUCCGCGAAAGAGCGCGAGAGGAAGAGAGAAAGAAAGAGAGUGCGCGUGUGUGUAGAAGAAUGAGUGAGUGCCACAAUUACGAUUUACCACAUAGAUAUAUAAUUUUAGGUAAAACAAAAAACUAAGAAAAAAGAUUUAUUUAGAGCGAUAAGUCGGAAACCCAAGUGUAUAAAUCUUCUUUUAUCAUGUACGUGUAUCAGUUUUAAGUUUCUUUUACGCCUAAUCAAAGAUUUAUCGUGACGAUAAACUGUAUAUUUAAUAAUGUAACGUUAAAUGCGAUGAUUAUGAUUUUAUUAUGUUUCGCCAAAAUCAUAUAUAUAUAUAUAUAUAUAUAUAUGUGUGUGUGUGUGUGUGUGUGUGUGUGCGUGAUGUGUGUGUGAGUGCAUGUGGUGUGUGUGAGCUGUACAAGUGCGCGCACACGCAGAUUUAUUUUAAAAUGUGUAACGUAUAUAUAUAUAUAUAUUUUAUAUCUCGUCGACUUAAGUGCGUUGCGUCAAGAACGGCUGCGCCGGAACGGGACGCGUGAUAUUUCUCGAUUGUUGAACAUUUUUUCACCGAUGAGGAAGAAGUGCUUCGCGCUUUGUUGUACCAAUUGCAUCGAUAGUAGAGAGGCAACUUCCGACCGGUGAGAAACGUGUUGCGACGUGUUUUUUUUUAUUACGGUUCCGUCCAACGCGCAGCCGGUAACAAGCUUAUGUCUGUUUUUUUUCUCUCUCGAGGUGGAGUCAUUGAAACACACAUCGUUAUUAAUGUAUAAUAUGUAAUAAGACGUAUAUGUUUCUUUUUCUACAUUUAUGGCAGGUACACACACACAGUAGAGGUAUGAGAACCUUAUGGAACAGGUAGAUUAUUUAUAACGUUACAUGUAAUAAGGGGUCGACACUUACACACACACACACAGAGCUUCGAGCAUGAAUCUAAGGUGAGUGCUCGUCGAUUACGAGGAUGCUGGAGUGGGGGGAGGGUUUCUUUCGAUUAAUUAAUUAAGAUUUCGUAACAGACUACUUGUAAGCUAUGUAUUUUAUACAUGAAUCGCUAUGAAAUAUUGGCGUUCUCUUAUUGCUUGAUUUCUCUAAAAAUAAAAAAACCCAGGAUUGUACAUAAAGCGAUUAGAUAAUCAAAAUUGUGCAUAUUGUGAAUGUCGAGUGUAUUUCAGUGAAAUCAGAGCGAUUAUAUCGUGCAUUUUUUUAUUUUAUUUAGGCGCGUGUGCGUGUUUUACGUUUUAACCAACAAAAAAAAAUAAUAAUAAAACAACAACGACGCGCAGCUUCCUCGAUGUUCUUCAUUUCUUGUGUUUUUCUGGCGAUUAAAGGCGCUGUACAUUGUGAACGAUGAGAGAGAGAGAACGUUGUGCACAGAAAGAGAGAGAGAGAGAGAGAGAGACAUACGAUUCUGCAAUGCCGUUUUAAAGGAGGGAAAAAAAUAAGAAGAAUUGCAGGCAUAUCGAUCUCUGCUCGAAAAACAAUAGAAUGCGAUUACGAUUAUCAUAACUAAGUGGUUAAGGUGGAUUUAAUUCUGGGAGAAAAAAAACACAUGAGUAUAAAAAAAAGAUCGUACCGAUCGUGUCAUUUUGGUCCACUGCACACAUUGUAUUUGCGAAAUAUACGCAUUACAAAGUCUCAUACUUGUAUAAAAAUUUAGUAAAGAGUUCUAAUAACAAUACAUAACACACACACACACACAUACACGCAACUGUUUGCUAAUGUUAUUAUUGCUCGACUAUUUUUGCUUUUAAGAAGUACUUAUGCGUUUUUCUUUCUUUCUUUUUUUUUCCCCGCGAAACACGCGCGCACGAUUGCGUGUGUGUCAACAACGUGCAAUCAAGCGAAUGCAAUGAUGAUGAAAUGCGUCCCGAGAGAGAGAGAGAGAGAGAGAGGGAGUGUGACACAAUCAAGUGUGAAUACUUUUUGUACACUCUCUCUCACGCGUAACUUCUAAAGAUUCCUCUUCAUUUACGUCGGAUACGGAUCAAGAUGUAAUCAACGAAAUACAUAAAUUCUCUCUCAAAUACGAAACACACGUUGCGCAAAGCGGAACACUGGACUUUUUCCCCCCAGUUACAAGAAAAAUUUGAUUUGCCACAAAUCCGGAAAUUCUCGUUACAUAAUCCGAUUUGUUUUGUUUCCAAACUGGCUACUCCGAUAGUUCUCGAAAACAAAACAAACAACGUAUCGUCGUCCGACGAUAACAUCCGUGUACUCGCGUCCGCAACCAGGAGGUACAUUCGUAUUUUCGUAACAAGUAAAAAAAAACAAUGUCAAAUUUCGCAGGAUGCAAUUUACGUGAACCUAUGGGAGCACUUUCGACUCGUGUAACGAUUAAGUGUCUUAACAUUAGCUCUUAUUAGAUAUAUAAGCGCUUCGGAUGCUGGUUUGCUAAAAAAUAAAAAAAAUAAAAAAUAAUAAAAAUAAUCAAAUAAACACACUAACUGUACGAUGUAUAUAUUCGUUGGAACAUAUAUCAUUCGUGGUAUAUGUAACAUCAUGUAAGAUUAUAAGUAAUCAUCUUUCUCGCACCGCUUUUGCGUUUUCUUUUUUUUUUUUCUUUUUUUUUUCGAUUCUAUUCGUAGAGGAUAAUUCCGAGUACAAUGUGUACAUAUUCCUGAAUAUCGAACGUUCGCAAAGGUGGAUCGACCGUGCAUGCACAUCAAUCACGAACGGACAAUUUUCCUUUUGUCUUUUUUCUUUUUCCGCCCGACUUCGGUGAGAAAAUUUCUUUCGGGAAUUUCUAAGCGCACAUGAUCUUGUUUUCAGCUUGAAAAACUCACACGCGCGCGCCUCGCUUUUGAUCCUCGAUUGCGAUUCGUCGUUAAAAAAAAAAAAAAACAAAACAAAACAAAAAAAGCGUGAGAUUUGUAUUAUGAACCCUUUCAUGCACGAAUCUGAGCAAAGUUUUAAACAUACGACGAUAUACUUGCCGAUUUUGCUUUUAAUUAUAUAUUAAUUCCGGAAUGAGAUGAUCACACAGCGUCUCGCUCGCCGUAAAUCGUUUAAUUAAGAGAUAUAUUACGAUAUAUGGAAUUAUAUCCAAAUUGAUUAAUAUAAUUAAGAAUUAAUUAUGUUAAUAAUUAAUAUAAUUCUUUUAUAAUUGCGAUUAUAGAAGAUACGACAUUGCGUUUUAUGGUAUGUGUGAGGGAUGGUUUAUUGCAUUUGCAUGAGAAAGAAGCCCGUCAUAGCGCGACAAUUGACUGCAAUAAACACAAUAAUUAUGGCACAUGAUAGGGUUAAUAAUAAUUUCAAGAUAACUAUGAAAACGAUUAUACAUAUAUACAUAUAUACAUAUGUGUAUAUAUAUAUAUAUAUAUAUAUAUUGUUAAAGAUAUAGUAAUUGAUAAGCGCGAGAAUUAAUCAUUUUCUAUCCGCGUCAUUAUUGUAUACUUUUACUUCAGUUCUGCUAAAAAGUUUGCUUGGUAAUCUCACAACACAAAGAAAUUCCUACGUUUGUAGAAAAGAAACGCGUCCUCUCCCCGAGGAGGAAUUUCUUCUGAUUUCUUUCGAACGGCCAUUGUUUUAUAUUAGGAUAAUCGUAAAAAAAAAAAAAAAA